CCCCCCCCCAGGAUGAGCGCAGAAAUCAAGAAGCCACCAGUAGCCCCUAAACCCCGAUUUGUUUUGGGAAAGAAGCCACCUCCUCCCCCAGUUGCACCAAAACCAGACAUCAACAUAUCAGAACCAUUAUCAACACACAAAGGACCAAAACCAGCGUUAGCACCAAAACCAAUAUUGUCAAAAAUUACUCCAGUGGCUGAAGUAAAGCCAACACCACUACGAAAUAAUAAAUGCUCAGAGGGAAUUAAGCGAGAAUUGAAUGAAAAUGUGAAGUGUCGAGCUUGCCAAGAUGUUAGUGAUGGAGUGCAAAAGGGAAGCUGUGAAUUAACUCAUGGUUACAUUAAAUCAAACUGCUCAUGUAAAGCUGAAUAUGAGUAUAAAUACAUAAACGGUGAAAAUACAUAUAAAACUCAAUUUGUCAUUGACCACUUAUCCAAACUGGAGACUUUGGAAAAAAACAAAAAAUGCGACCAAACAAAUUAUUCUUCUAGGAUACAGCACAGGUCAGAGACUCAGUGUGGCAAAACAGUUAACAAGUACCAGAUAGUUACCAAAGCUGGUUUCCCAGAGCAGAAAUUUAAAGAUGUCUUAACUCAGGUUGUAUCGCCAAACAAUUAUCUUCCAAAACAAAAAGAUGUACAUUGUGAUGCAGAUGUCAAAUUGCACAGUAGCAGCAAUGGGCAAAGUGUACUGUUUAUUACUGACCAAACCUUCCAAAAUAUUAGAAAUUCUAAAAGGAAUACAGGAGAGCCAUUUCUUGAUGGGCCGAAAGACUACGAAAUUAAAAAUGCUGCUGAUCAAUCAGAAAAAGUGAUAGAAAAUGGUAAGAAUUGCCACUCUUCUGGUAUUGACCACAAAGAAAGGGUGCAUAACAGUCAGCCAAAAGCUCCAUUUACAGUUGCAGGAAAGGAGAAAUUGAUCUUUCAGGACACUAAUUUUUUAAUUACUACUUCAGCAUCCACUUCAGCACCUUGCAACAAACCAGUUCCAAUGCCAAAACCAAAGAAAGCACGACUAAUUGGUCUUAUCAGGCAAAACUGUGUUGAUGACAGUGUGGAAAAUGCUGUGGAUCCUAAUGUGACAUGCAAUGAUUCUUGCUUCAAGACUCCAGAUGGAACUACUGUAGAUUUCAAGAAAUCAUUUGGUUCUAUGGAUGCUGAUAGUGUCUCUAGGUGUAACAGUGAAAGUUCAUAUCAGACCGGCAAGAUGAAUAGCGCAUCCUUACAAGAUAAUAUUACUGAGCCAAGUCAGGCAAAAGAUUAUUGUAAUCAAAGUGUCAUGUCCUGUAAAAAGCCAGUUCUGGAUGUCAGCUUGAAAGUCAAAAUCACUUCAGACUUACAAAAUAGAAGUAAAAUAGAAAAAAUAAAGAAAGAUUUGGAAAGUGGUAACAGAACUUUGCCAGCAGGCAACAAGGGCAGUUUUAUUAGAAGUAGUUCUCUCUCCAUGAGUUUGCCCAAGUACCUCAGUUUGUCAUAUGCUCCAAAAGUGCCUGUAUUAAACAGAGAGACUGGUUCAGAUUUUGAAAAAGUAACCAGCAGUGAAGAAAUGCCCGCUAAGUCAGACAUCUCCCCAAAGACUGUUCCAGAAAAACCACAGCGUCACAGCCUGCCUGCAUCUGUUAUAGUUAAAAGGGAUCUGUCAGUAGGCAAUGAUAGGUGUGCAAGCGGUUCAACGGAAAAUGAUUCAGAAGACCAGCAUGGCAGUUUAUCCAGUAGAGAAACUAAUAGUAAUGAACACAAAGCAGUUCACCUGAGUGAGAAACCUGUAUGGAAACUGCCACAUCCUAUUUUACCUUUUCUGGGGAGUCCAGGCACUGUGACAGUAACGAGUACUUCACAAAAUAAAGAAGCUAUUAUUACAAAGCCAAGAGCUAAAUCCUUGUCAUCUGCUGAUUCUGAAAAGCUGGAAAAGUCACCAAAAGAGCCUUCAAAGAAAAAUUCAUUUAAGAGGAUACUUGGUAUAAAACUCUCUGCUAAAAUGAAAACUGAUUUUCAGAAAUUUUUGACAAAAGGCAGCUAUUCACUAGACAGCGCACCUGAUGGACAUCCUUCUGUGGAAAGUAAAGACAAUAAUCACUGCAUUUCAGGGUCACUGCCAGGUGAUCAGAAGAAUAAACCUGUGAAAGCACAUUCUGCAGAUUCCUACUGCCAAAGUGCAAAGAAAGACCAUAAACUCAAAAACCUCUCUGAUUUUCCAAAUAACUUUCCUGCUCAACCGGAAUCGCUUAUUGAGCUGCAUAAAGGAUGUCCACAGAAUGAAUCACAGCCUAUCUCUCCUAAAUAUGAAAAUAUCAGUGCCAAUUUUGAUUGGAAAAGUUCUUCCAGUGUUGAAGACUGUGACACUACUAUUUAUGAGAUACAACCCUAUGCAGUGUCAAGCUGCUAUCAAAAAUACAGAGCAACACAGAACCAGUGUAUCAGCCCUGUACAGGAUCAGGAUAACCAUUCUUCAGAAAUGGACAUCAACUCAGAUGAAGAAGAAGUCAUUUUUAGCUCCGAUGAAGAAGAUACCAGUUCAGAUACAAGUAAAGGCGAAUUGGAUCAGCAAGAUGAGAAGCAGAAUGAUGAAGGGAGGAAAACCAAAGUCUAUCAUAUUGCCAGAGAAAUCAUGAGCUCCGAGAAAGUAUUUGUGGAUGUUUUGAAGCUUUUGCACAUUGAUUUCCGGGAUUCAGUGAGCCAAUCUUCAAGACAGUAUGGAAAACAAGUGAUUGAAGAUAAGAUCUUGAACCAAAUCCUGUACUACCUGCCACAGCUGUAUGAACUAAAUCGGGGUCUGCUGCGAGAACUGGAGGAGAGAAUGGCUCACUGGGAUGAGCAUCGAAGAAUAGCUGAUAUCUUCAUGGAGAAGGGGCCAUACCUCAAGAUGUACUCAACCUAUAUCAAAGAGUUUGAUAAGAACGUUUGUUUGUUGGAUGAACAAUGCAAGAAGAACCCUACCUUUGCUGCUGUAGUUCGAGAAUUUGAGAUGAGCUCUCGUUGCGCAAACCUGGCACUUAAACAUUACCUGUUAAAGCCUGUCCAGAGGAUUCCACAGUACAAGCUGCUUCUGACAGAUUAUGUGAAGAACCUGUCCAGAGAUUGUGCUGAUUACAAAGAUACUCAAGCUGCUCUUGCCAUUGUCAUAGAAGUAGCAAACCAUGCAAAUGACAUAAUGAAACAAGGGGAUAACUUCCAGAAACUGAUGCAGAUUCAGUAUAGCCUGAAUGGCCAACAAGAGAUUGUACAGCCUGGAAGGGUCUUUCUGAAGGAAGGAACUUUGAUGAAGCUGUCCAGAAAGGUUAUGCAGCCCCGAAUGUUUUUUUUGCUGAAUGAUGUGUUACUGUACACUACGCCGGUACAAUCUGGAAUGUACAAGCUUAACAACAUGCUUUCUCUCGCAGGUAUAAAGGUCAGUAAGCCGUCUCAAGAAGCUUAUCAGAACGAACUGAACAUAGAGAGUGUGGAACGGUCAUUCAUUCUUUCAGCAAGUUCAGCAGCAGAAAGAGAUGAAUGGUUAGAAGCCAUUUCCAAGGCCAUUGAAGACUAUACAAAAAAAAGGAUAACAUUCACUGCAAGUAAAAGUCUUGAGGAAGAACCAGAUAAACCAGAACUAAAUACACCUUUGGGCACUAAGGCACCCAUAUGGAUCCCUGAUCCUCGUGCUACCAUGUGUAUGAUCUGCACAUGUGACUUUACACUUACCUGGAGGCGGCAUCAUUGUAGAGCAUGUGGAAAGAUUGUUUGUCAGGCCUGCUCAUCAAACAAAUUUAAUCUGGACUACCUUAAAAACAGACCUGCUAGAGUUUGUGACCACUGCUUCUUAGAAUUGCAAAAAAGAGAAAUGCAGUCAUCUGAUACGAAGAUGCUGUCUCCGACUCACAAAUCAUCAAGUGCCCUCACCUCGGUUUUUCACAGCAUUCAGCAUUCUUCAGGACGGAAGCACAAGAAAAUUCCAGCAGCACUGAAAGAGGUAUCUGCUAACACUGGAGCCUCAUCUAUGAGUGGCUACCUUUAUAGGUCCAAAGGAAUUAAGAAACCAUGGAAACGGCUCUGGUUUGUCAUUCAGGACAAGGUGCUAUAUACUUAUGCUGCCAGUGAGGAUGUAGCCGCAUUGGAGAGCCAACCAUUGCUUGGAUUCACAGUUUCUGAAGUCCAGGAUGACCUUUCAGAAGCCAAAGUGAUUUUCCAGUUGCUUCAUAAGAGAACACUGUUCUAUGUGUUUAAAGCAGAUGAUCGUCAUACUGCCCGGAGGUGGGUAGAAGUUUUUCAAGAAGCUACUGUGUUGUAACAUUCCAACAACAGACACUAUCCAAGGGAAGGACUUCAAGAAGCAACUCCAUGAAAAAUACACUUUACUGAGAUUUUGAAGUGUGGUGUUGAUGCUUCAGCAUAGAUUGAAUAAGAAUGUUCAUGUUCACACCUUAAUCUCCAGUUACUAAAGAUUCAUUUUGGAUUGUAGAAUGAACUGCAAAGAUGCUACAAAAACCCCAAAACACUCUUGAUGUGCUCUUUGGUGUUGUCUGAAAAAGGCCUGAAGAAGAGAACUUGGGUAGCCAGUGUAAUUUUCUAAUUUGAGUCUCUUUUUGGUGAAAAUGAAAGCAAGAAUGAACUAAGCUCUAUUUUCCACUCUGGGUAUUACUCUGUACCUAGCCUGCCAAAAGGCUUAAGCAAUGAUCUAUUUUUAUGCUACAUUUCUCAAGUGUGUUAAUAUCUUUGUGUUAUAAAACUGUGAACAUCACAUUAUUAUCAUAGAAAAGCCCACCUUAAUCUCUCUCUUUUAAUUAUGGAACUGACAUUUUCUAUCUCUGAAGAUCUUCACAUCUAAAAGUGAUUUUUGAACACCUCUGAUUUUUCAUGAGGUAACUUUAGUACCUGGUAUUAGAUGGUAUUUGUAGACCAGGAAGAUCAGAUUUGUGCAGAUAUAAUUGAUUUCACAUGGGGUCAGCAGUGCUAUCAAUUGCUUGAGUGCCUCUGCUUUAUGGAAGGGAAGAAUUAGCUCAGAUUCUCAUUCAUAAUCACUACCCAGCAACUUGAAUAGAAAAUCCCCAUGCAUGGACACCAAACAAAGACAUUGUCAUUGAUUGUGAUGCCACACAGUUGAAUAGAGACUGAAUUCAUGCAACAACAAAAAAUUAGCAUAUGAUUGUUUACUGAGGGGUUGCCAGUGCCAAUGGAACUACAUCCAGUGGGAGCUGGUGCUUCAGAAGAGAGAUGGGAAGAAAACUGGACAAGAAUUUGCUACGUGGUUCUUGACUUGACUUUUGAGAUCCAAAUUAAGUAGAUUAGUGGCCUGAGACUACUGGAAAAAUAAACUUUGGCUUGAUGUAUUAUUCAUGUUAUGAAAAAUGAGAAGCAAGUUGCCUUUCAUGAUUCCAAUAUUCUUAUCAGGUUUUCACUGCAUUAAUAUCCAUACCAAAUGGGUCUUGUGAUUUUCCAGGUUUAUCAGAAUGUAUGUUUAAAUUUUUCCAAAAUUGGUGGAACAUUACUGUUAAGUGCUGCACCCAAUUUUCCAGUGUAUUUUAACUUUAUUGUUUUUUUAUUUAAUGUUUGGCUUUUGUAAAAAUAUUUGAAGAUAUGAUGGUUCAGCAAGGAUUUAUACAUGCAGGCAUGAGUUAGAUUUAUGUAUUUAUUUAACUAUUGUAAUAAGCAUCUAUGGUUCUCUAUGGAGCACAACAGACAUCAUGUAGAAUUCAAAGUGAAAAUUGAUGUAAAGUUCUUAACUUUUACAAUACUGACUUUUUAUAAACAUGUAGAAAGUUGAAUGUAAAUCAGCAUUUAGGAUAAGCAUGAUCUGGUGAAUCUAAAUAAGGGACUCUGCUUUUCACACCAAAUAGGAUUCCUUUUGAUGGGUGAGGGAAACAUUUACCCCUUUUUAAAAACUGUACAAAAUACUUUCCUGAUGGUGGCCAGCAAUCUCUUCCAAUUGACCAGAUUUGAAAUUGCUUAAUUCCAAUUACACAAGUUCCUACUAGUAUAGAAAGAGUUUGCUCAAUGGGUGGUAUUCCUGCUCUUGAGUCAGAAAGUUGUGGAUUCAAAUUCCACUUGAAGAUUGACCACAAUAUCUAGGCCAAUCUGUCACUACAGUGCUGAAGGAGUACUGUGUUGCUGGAGGUGCCAACUUUUUGUUAAGACAUUAAACUAAAGCUCCUUCUGACUGACUGGGUGGAAGUAAAAAAAAACCUUGUAGCACUGUUUUGAAGAAAUAAUGCUGGUCCAUCAGAUAACAACACUAAAUAAUAGAUUAACUGGUCAUUCAUCUCAUUUGCAGUUUGUUGGACCUGGUGUGCGAAUCAUAUAUCACAUUGUCCAUAUAAAAAUCUUGACAUCCAUAACUGAGAAUAUGUUAAAGCACAAUUUAAAUGCAAACUCUUUUCAAAAAUAAUUCCAGGGUAUUUGCUUUGACUGCCUUGCCUAGAAGUGCAUUCCAUAUGUUGAUCACUUUGUGUGAAGAAAAUAGCAGUGAUACAUUUGCCUUUUACUAGUUUGAACCCAUGUCCACUACAGUCAAAAUUUAGUUUUAAUCUAGGUUCUACAGUUUGUUUUUGACAAUGCCUCUGUGAAGUGUCUUGGGACUUUUUUUUAUAUUAAAGGUGCUAUAUAAAUGUAAA